AUGAUGUCUGAUGAAUACUAUGCUAUGGCUGCUGCCAAGAGAAGAGGUCUUGGAUUGGUGAAAUUCAUUGGUAACUUGUACAUUUUGAAUAUGUUGAACGAUCAGGUCAUUUUGCAUUGCUUGAGAGACCAAUCGAAGAAUGUCGUUGACCCAUCGGAAGAUGCGUUGGAGAACUUAGCACAAUUAAUUAAGACUGUUGGUCCAAGAUUCGAAACUUCGGACAGAAACAAGGCUGCAUUGAACAUGAUUUACGACAAUAUCCAACAAAUCUUGGAUAACUGCAAGAUCUCCUCGAGAAUCAGAUUCAUGUUGAUGGACUUGCAAGAUUUGAGAAAGAGUAAUUGGAAGUCUAUAAAGUCGGAAGCUGGUCCAAAGACUAUCAAAGAAAUUCACAAUGAAGCUGAGUUGAAGAGAAUUGAAGAUAGCAGGGCCCUGGCUGAGAAGAGAAGACAAAAUAAGUCUGGUUACAAUAGCGGUAACUACAACAGUGGCGAUUCCAGAUCUAAUUCCACAAGAGGUGGCUCAUCUUGGGGCAAUAGGAAGGAACCAAGAGCGCCUACUAAGGACUCUAGAGGAUUUACGUCUGUCUCGAGAUCUCAGUCCAACAGACCGGUCCCAGAGCAAAGUGCUUCCACUUCCACCAUGUCUCCAAGAGAAAACUCAAAGAGAACAGACUCCAUGGCAUCCAAUAUUUUUGCUGCUUUGGACGAUGAGGAUGCUGGACACUAA